AUGCAUUUUUAUUUAAAGUCAAAAACAGAACUUGCCACUCCGUCGCUAAAACAAACAAACACGCACCAUAAAAUGGUUAUGGCUACUGUUUCAGAUGUUGUAAAGAUAAGUCGAUAUGAUAUUAAAUGUAGAUAUUUUUUACAACUAAAAACCCUUUCAGCUGACUCUUUCGAUACAAAAGGAAGAAAACGGAAGAUUCAACUCAUAAAUAUCUUAAUUAUUAUGAUUUAUUAUGAUUCUUGUUAUACCAUAACAGAAAGUAGAAUUAAAACUUAA